AUGGUAAUCAAUAAAUUUCCGUAUCUAUUAGCAACGAUACUAUCAAGAGCGAAGCCAGCUGCUUCUGAAGGAGUGAGAAAGUCCGCAUCAGACAAAAGAACACCAAAAUUAGAGGAAUUUUUAGAGAAGCGCGAUUACACCGGCGCUUUGACACUUUUGGAGUUCAACAAUGCCUCAGAAACUACUGUAGAUUCCGAAUUAUGGAUGGGCUACUGCGCUUUUCACUUAGGAGACUACAAACGUGCAUCAAAAAUUUACGAGAAUUUAAAAAGGAAAGAUCAAGCACCGGCGGAUACGUCGACGAACUUAGCAUGUUGUUAUUUCUACCUUGGCAUGUACCCUGAGUCUCAACAAAUUCUGGAAGAUGCUCCACACAGUAAAUUGAAGAACAGAUUGUUAUUUCACUUAGCGCACAAGAUGGGGAAUGAAGCGAAAUUGAUGGAAUACCAUCAUAUGUUGGAAGAUAUGAUCGAAGAUCAACUUAGUUUGGCUUCUAUUCAUUACUUACGGGCUCAUUAUCAAGAGGCUAUCGAUGUUUAUAAGAAGAUCCUACUGGAGAACAGAGAUUACUUCGCGCUAAAUGUAUACGUUGCUUUGUGCUACUACAAAUUGGAUUACUAUGAUGUGGCACAAGAAGUUCUUCAGGUUUAUCUACAAAAGUAUCCUGAUAGUGCGAUCGCCAUAAACUUAAAAGCCUGCAAUCAUUUCCGCCUGUACAAUGGUAACGCCGCACAAAAUGAGAUGAAGCAGCUGAUAGAUAAGAUGUCCAACUCUCUCAGCUUCAGUCACGAUCUCAUACGUCACAACACAGUCGUAUUUAAGGGCGGAGAAGGUGCGUUGCAAAUUUUGCCGAAUUUAGUGGACGUUAUACCAGAAGCCAGACUGAAUCUGGUAAUUUAUUACUUGAGACAAGACAACGUGCAAGAAGCGUUCGAAUUAAUUAAAGAUCUUGAACCGGCUGUCCCCCAGGAGUACAUCUUGAAAGGGAUAGUCAACGCGGUAAUGGGACAGGAAACGAAUUCCCGCGAUAACGUAAAAACGGCGCAACAAUACUUUCAAUUAGUAGGUUCUUCGGCGUCAGAAUGCGAUACCAUACCUGGCAGACAAUGCAUGGCCUCUUGUUUCUUCCUCUAUCGUCAGUUCGAAGAAGUCCUGGUGUAUUUAAAUUCGAUAAAAACUUACUUCUCCAACGAAGACAACUUCAACUUCAAUUACGCUCAGGCACAGGCCGCGGCGGGUUAUUUCAAAGAGGCGGAAGAGGCGUUUUUAAACAUAAGAAAUGAGAAAUACAAAAAUGAUUACAUUUAUAUCAGCCUAUUGGCGCACUGCUACAUAAUGAACAAGAAACCUCAGUUAGCCUGGGACUUGUAUCUAAAAAUGGACACGACGACGGAGUCGUUUAAUUUGCUUCAAUUGAUCGCGAAUGAUUGUUACAAAGUCGGUGAAUUUUGGUAUGCGGCAAAAGCAUUCGACAUGCUGGAACGAAUGGAUCCAAGUCCAGAAAAUUGGGAAGGGAAACGUGGUGCUUGUUGCGGCACUUUUCAAUAUAUUGUAGCUGAAAGGCAAUCAAAAGAGCUCUUACCUGAAGUCGUACAGCUUUUGAAGAAUACCUCGAACUCACAAGUGGAACAGAUCAUUCGAGUGAUGCGUAAAUGGGGUAAAGAUAACAGAAUUAAUUGUUGAUGAUAUUAAUCGAGUGGACAGUGACUGAUCGUUAUCGUUAAGCCUGAAACGUUAAGGCUUAUCUAAAACACGUUGAACAGCUAUGGAAUGUUAAUGCAUCUUGUAAUAUGUCUGUGUAAAUUAUGUAUAUGCUAAUUCAAGACCACAGGCAAAAGAUAUAGUAAAUUAUAUUUUUGCUUUUCACACAAGAACAAUCUUAGAAUUCAAUAUCAAUCAAUUGCACAUUACCAAAACUGCUUUUUUACUAAAUUUUUUGUGGGAUUCUUUUGAAAAAUAUUUGUCACAAGACUAUCGAUACCUCAGUUCUGAAGAAAAAUUCAUUUUCAACUUUAUAGCUUCGUCUUCGAUGGCUAUUUGCAUCUUUAUACUGAAUACGUUCUUUCUCUUUUUAAGUAUGUUAUAUCAAGGUACAUCCUUUUAAAUAAAAAUCAAGAAGAAAAUUUUUACAGCAAAAUUGUACUUAUCAAGCCUUUCCCCUGUGGUCUUUAAUUAUGAUAAAAGUAUUUUAUAUACCUGAAAUAUUUGUGCAGAGUAUCUUUUCAAUGAAUCCACGGUGUUGAUGAUUUAAUAUAAAAUAGAUAUAUUUAAACUGUGA